UCUUGGCUGCCGAAAAUGAAGCCAUUACCCGAACAUGCCAUCUGUGUAAUAUUGCUCGCGAUUAUUUCGUUCCGUAGUGCGGUCUCAGUGACGACGAGUUUUGCCACUCAGAAUCCUAAUGGAACCGAUCAUCCGAAUGGAGUGCGGAAUAAUCGAGACAAACGGUCAAUUUUCUUCCCGUACAACAGCUGCGCGGGGAUUCUCAUAGCAAUCGCCAUUCCGUUAGGAAUUCCGGACCGCAAUAUAUUCGUGUCGUACAACUUCGAAGCGAAUUACAAUAGCCCGCAGGAGCCUAGCGUGUUUACCGAGGGGCUUUUCAAUAUCAUCCGAGGCGUGGCCCUUCCGCUGACUGCCCCAGUACUACAGAUACAUCGAGCGCUGGAUGAAAGUCCCGCGGUGGUUGCUGACUCCACGGAGCCCCCGACUGUCGACGACAAUCUACCAGCUUCCACGAAAAUUCGGCGGAACUUACCCGAAACUGUCCUCAAAAGGACGCCAAGCUUCACUCGUAAGAAAGUUUACCGUGGUAUUGUGGAGCAGUUGGAAAGAAACGGCUUCAGUGGAAAGAGAUGUUUAUUGCGAGCCAUCUGCGAAGCGGCCGAUACUCAACUGUAUGAAAACAACGGGGUGCUGGGAGAUCUGGUUCACAUCAUUCUAAGUCCAUCAGCUUCUACCGACGAGCACUUGCCUGCGGAGUUUUCGAGGGCGGAGAAAUUAGGACACGACCAAAACUGUCACAAAUAUCGGAAGCACUGUAGAGAAAGUGUUCUAGAUUUGAUAAGUUUCAUGAUGUAA